CCGUCCCGUGGCUGGGUCGCGGUGCUGUUUUGUCCGCCCGUCGGGGCGUCCGCUCGUCCCGCCCACAGCCCGCUCCGAGGCGGCGGCUGUGCCAGGUCAGCCCCGCCGGGACCGCCCGCCUGCGCGGUGCUAACACCGGCGCCAGAGGAAGGCCCGGGCCGGAGGAGCGAGCGGAAGCUAAUUGAUUAACAAAAUGAAGCCAGUAAAGCUGCACUAUUGGAUUCUGGUUUGGUUUGUUAUGGCAUUAUGUUGUUGGUGUACUUCAGAAAAAAUCACUCAAAGGGGCAGCCACCCUCAUGCCUGGAAGAAGCUGUAUCUUGCUCAUCACUGGCCAGUGACUGUAUGUAAGAUGGUUGCUAAUGAUUGUCAAGACCCUCCAGAGUACUGGACAAUCCAUGGACUGUGGCCUGACAAAAGUGAAGAGUGCAAUAGGACGUGGCAUUUCAAUGUCACCGAGAUUAAGGAUCUUCUAUCAGACAUGAGACACUAUUGGCCUGAUGUGCUUCAUUCAUCUCUGAAUCGCACCCAGUUCUGGAAACAUGAGUGGGAUAAACAUGGUACUUGUGCAGCCACGCUUCAGGUCCUUAAUUCUCAGAAGAAAUACUUUGGUAAAGCCUUAGAACUCUACAAGACUAUUGAUCUUAACAGUUGUCUCCUGAAAGCUGGGAUAAAGCCAAGCAGUUCUUAUUACCAGAUGACUGCCAUAAAGGAGGCUCUUACAAGAUUUUAUGGUGUAACACCAAAGAUCCAAUGUCUUCCUCCAGAAGAGGGUGAAAAAGCACAAACAAUUGGUCAGAUUGAAUUCUGCUUCACCAAAGAACUGCAGCUGAGAAACUGCACGGCGCAGAAGGGUGAAUCUGACCCAUUGCAGGCUGACUUGAAGCUUGGAACUGAGGAAUUGUCUGUCUGCAGUGAUACUCUCCCAACCUAUUAUCCUUCACAGGUCCAAGGUCACAAAUGAAGCCUUAAGAGUCUGAAAAACUUUUUAACAGCAAUAAAAACCAAACCCUUAAACAUUAUUCCUUGGAAGGCAGUCUUGACUUAACGAUGUUACAAAGGCCUGUCGGUAUCAUAGGCAUGCUGUGAAGAUUUCUGCUGGAAAACACAUUUCUUUUGCUAUUAGAGGAGAAUGGUAAUAUCAGUUACACAGGCUGAAGUACUGAGUUGUGCCUCUGAUACUGAUGGGAUCAGAAUCUGAUUUACAGCUUUGCCUGGACUUUUUUGGCUUGCUUAUGGUUUGAAUCAAUGUUCAGAAGAGAACUGUGACUUCUUAGUUUCGCUUGCAGUUGAGUCUUCCACUUUAGCCACUUCUGGGUUUUGUCCAUGAGUCAGGGAAAUUAAAUGUCUUGAAAGGAUGUUUGUCUCUCUGAGAUGAGAUGACAAUUUCUUGAGAAGAAAAAAUGGAAAAGGAAAAGAACUUAGAGACCUGUCUGGAGGUCUUUUCCCAGACGUUAAGUUUGUGCUCCGGAAGUGCUGAGCAGAGGCCACAUCCUCAGAGGCAUUGAACCUUUCCUCACUCAGAGAUCACGGCGGACCAAAGAUGUCAACUUCUACAUAACCUCUCAGGGAAUCAAAUAAGGUUUUGGCACGUCUGCCUAAAGGACCCAGGAAGACUGUAUUUGUAGCCUUACCUGUUCUUUGAUUGAUUUUGCUACAGUUGCUCCAUGCAGUCUUGAAUUAAAAACAAUCUUAGAACUAGCUUUCUAGUAUAGGGAAAUGUUAGGCCCUAGAAAUAUUUUCUUAAUUUCUUGUUGUAUUUGAACAUUUAGCAUUACCACACAAGUGCUGGCACUUUUAAAUAAAAAAAAGAUUGUUGUGUAA